CUGAAUAUGAGCGCUCAUAGUACUGCAGGUUAAGGAGCGUUAUGCCAGUUGAACUUGUUUAAGAGUCGAUAAGGCGCCCUUUAAAGCAUUUUUUCGCAUCAAACAUUAGACAGUUGUGUUUUGAAUGUACAUUUAAAAUAUCGUGAAUGAAAUGGGUCUAUAGCAGCUGUAAACUCAUCUUUACAAUAUUAUAGCCUAGCAUAAAAAGUGAGCUGCUGAAGUAGUGGAAGCCAGUUUUUUAUAAGCCUAGCCGAGUUUUGUUUUGAUAAGCAGGGGUUUUGUUUCCGCAUGCCGACAUGGAGUCGUUUGGAUGCAUUUCCAGUGUUCUCGGAUGCUCUGCUUGCAUUGUGCUUGCUGGGCUUGUGCUUGUUUCCUACAAACUUGGCUUAAUUUACCAGUUGUUUCACAAGACUGAAACAAAGAGCCCCCGGCAUGGAGGGGAGAGUGUUGCAGAGGUCCUGCGUGCACAUGGAAUCAAGUUUCUUUUCACCCUCGUUGGCGGGCACAUCUCCCCCAUCCUCGUGGCCUGCGAGAAGGUUGGCAUCCGCAUCGUUGACACCAGACAUGAAGCCACUGCUGUAUUUGCAGCUGACGCUGUGGCAAGGCUCUCAGGUACUGUUGGUGUAGCUGCAGUGACCGCUGGCCCGGGUCUGACUAACACAGUGACAGCAGUGAAGAAUGCACAAAUGGCUGAAUCUCCAUUGCUGCUUUUGGGAGGAGCUGCUGGUACAUUACUGCAGGGCAGAGGAGCGCUGCAGGACAUCGACCAGAUGUCCCUCUUCAGGCCUCUCUGUAAGUUCUGUGCCUCCAUCCGGACAGUCAGGGAGAUCGUGCCUACACUCAGGAAGGCCCUGGCAAUUGCUCAGUCGGGAACCCCUGGUCCUGUUUUCAUCGAGUUCCCCAUCGAUACGCUGUACCCCUACCACUUGGUUUCCAAAGAGUUUGCUGUGAAGAACCCUCCCAAAGGGCUGAUGGGAAAAAUAGUUUCAUGGUACCUCAAUAACCACCUCAUGAACCUUUUUGCUGGAGCCUGGGAGACCAGAGAUGUUUCCCCACUUCCUGUUCACAUCCCUCAAGCCACAGAGGAUCAGGUACAAAGCUGCAUAGAGCUAGUGAGUCGAGCCAAGAAACCAGUCAUUCUUCUUGGGAGCCAAGCCACACUACCUCCAACGUCGGCAGAAGACAUUAGGAGGGCUUUGGAGGAUCUGGGUAUACCCUGCUUUCUUGGAGGCAUGUCUAGAGGCAUGCUGGGCAAAGACAGUCCCAUCCACAUUCGACAGAACAGGCGGGACGCUCUCAAGGAGGCCGACUUAGUUCUCCUAGCAGGCACUGUGUGUGACUUCCGACUGAGCUACGGCAGAGUUCUCAGCAGAAGGAGCAAGAUCAUUGCUGUCAACAGAGAUAAGUCGCAGCUGCUGAAAAACUCCGAUAUGUUCUGGAAACCAACUAUAGCAAUUCAGGGUGACGCCGGUUCAUUUAUCGUGCGUCUCUCCAAGGGGUUAAAGGGCCAUCGCUGUCCUGAGGAAUGGCCUCAGAGCCUCAAAGCUGGAGAUUCUACCAAAGAAAAUGCAAACAGGGCUAAAGCUAAUGAGAAGACAGAGCACCACCUAAAUCCUUUAAAAGUCCUCCACCAUGUGGAUGAGCUAAUGGCCGAGGACAGCAUCAUUGUAGCAGACGGAGGAGAUUUUGUGGGAAGUGCUGCUUAUAUAAUGAGACCGAGAGGACCUUUGCGUUGGUUGGAUCCAGGAGCCUUUGGGACUCUGGGAGUUGGAGGAGGUUUUGCUUUGGGAGCAAAACUGUGUCGUCCUGAAUCUGAGGUGUGGAUAGUCUAUGGAGACGGCUCCCUGGGCUACAGUGUUGCAGAGUAUGACACAUUUACCCGGCACAAGACACCAGUUAUAUCUGUGGUUGGAAACGACGCAUGUUGGAGUCAGAUAUCCAGAGAGCAGGUUCCCAUCCUCGGCAGUAACGUGGCUUGUGGCCUUGCUUUUACAGAUUAUCACAUAGUGACUGAUGGUUAUGGUGGUAAGGGCUACCUUGUCGGACGGGAAAAUGAGGACCAGCUAAGUGACAUCAUCAAGCAGGCUCAAAGGGAGGCCAAGGAGGGCAAGGCUACACUUCUCAAUGUUUUGAUAGGGAAGACCAAUUUCAGAGAAGGCUCCAUCUCUGUGUAGAGCCUCUCUGUGUUGAAAGCACUUGCAUAUUCUUUACCUUUGCUUCCUAUACCUUUUUUGUCGGUUCUACGAGGGAUUCUAACUAAUAAGAACAUUUUUAAUUUUAAAUUUCACUAAUUUAGCCAUGCCCACUUCAAAGCUUUGAUUAUCCUUUUUACACCUUAAAGCCAGAGGGCACAUUUUAAAAAUGUGACCCAUUAGUCCAAUAACGAUCAUUUCCUUUACCUUAUACAUAACCCACUCCAGACUUGAAAUAGAAGCAUCUGUUGUUCAUCAUCCUACCUUCAGGGUUGUGUUGUGAUACUGUAGAAAGCAAAUGCUGCAUUUUAAAAAGGGAAAUGGUGAAUAUGAAAUGUUUGCUCCUAUUAGGGAUAUCCCCUUCUAGACAUUUGACCGUUAAGCCACCUAUUGCAGGUUCGCAAACACGCUAGCUACAGGGAUUACUUGUGAGAGCCAGCAUUGACUCGAGCUAUCCUAAGUGACCAGUAUGCCUUUUUUUCUACUGUUCGGACACAAACACUGGGCCUUUUAUUGGGAUUCGGGAUAUCUUAGAGCUGUAACCUUCAGUCUCGGUAGAUGCUUUAAAAAAAGAAUUCAUUGAGCUACAAUUGUUUCUGUGAAUGUUGUCUCCUGACAGAUGGUUUGCCUUUUAAUGUUUGAUUGUAUCUUCAUAUAUAUAUUGCUAUGUAUAGAUUGAAAAUGAUUCUGGUGAUUCCCUGAAGAAUUAAAGACAUAUUUAAAGCUGA